AACAUAAUUUUUAAAUCGCAAAAGCAAAAUGGAAAUUCGACAAACAUCUUUUUCAGACUGUAGUGAUGUGAAACUCGAAAACGCACAUGCUAUGAUGACAAACCGUCUGGAGUUAGACACCAUAUAUCAAACUGAAAUGUGUAGCAUUAUUACUCAGUGUACAAGCAGGCACUAGAGAUCUCAGAAGCACCCUCCAACCAUGUGAAUUAUGGCCGACAUGGCCUGAAGAGCCAUUGGCUGUUUAUGGCAUAUACUGGGCUUUCACUGAUAAAAAAAAUAAAUGUGAUCUGUACAACAGAUUAUCACAAAAAUAUUUGGAUUUAAUGGCUUUCCUCGGUUUGGUAUGACGUUAAAUGUGUUUGGAACAUUUCUGUUGCUCGGACUUUGGUGUCCCGCGUUGGUCACCGGCCAGGGAUGUCCCUUGCCGUGGCAAACAUUCGAACAGUCGUGUUACUUGUUCUACAUGACGGAGACGCUUGAUUACGCCCACGCCACAGAGAUGUGCUACAAACACGGGGCGUCCCUUGUGUCGAUCAGUUCCCAGACAGAAUUCUCGUUCCUGACACAGCAGCUUUCCGUCCGAGAUCAGACUGGACACUCGUGGUACACAAGCGGAAUGACGGAUGCCGGGAUGUCUGUUAUCAAGUGGCAAGGGGACGGCACCGUCAGCCAGGGUGACGAUUGGUGGCUGUCCCUCCAACACCGGAACCUCACAUCCCACAGGGUCGUCUUUAGGGCUGAUGUUUAUCGGUGGGGACUGAGUAAAUCCGUCUCCUCGGCGUCUCUGGCGGCCGUCUGUGAGAUCGCGGUUCUCGAGGCACACAGGAUCGGACGGAACGACAGGGACUUCACGUACGGUACAAACAUAACGGACCCGCGCUUGGCGCCGCACGGCCCCAUGUUCAUCUUGCAUCCUGCUAACCUCGUGGUUGUCCCCGACUCCCGCUCCACCACGGAUGGCGAACACCUUACCAUCAGCGUCGAGUGCUUCGCCGACGGAAUACCCGCGCCCACCUACCGGAUGCUGCAGACACGGGAAAAUGGUACCGUCGUCACCAUCACGACGAACUAUGAUCCGAGAUAUACGCUUACCGGCGGAAGAUUGUCCAUAGUGCACCCAGUGGAGGCCCUGGAUGGUGGAAUGUACCAGUGUGAGGCCAGUAACGUGUUCGGCACAGUCUACAGUGAUCUCGCCAACAUCACAUUCGGAGUGUUGGAGCAGUUCCCGAACGUCCCACGUGCUCCGAUUGUGGUCUUGGAGUACCAAAGCGCCGCCAUCGAGUGUGAUCCGCCACAGUUCAGGCCAGCUGUGACAUACCAGUGGUAUCGAGGGACUGUCGCCGAUUUCGUGCGACCAGAGCUCAACCCGCACAUGUUCAUCUCAUCCAACGGGAAGCUUUACUUCUCAGAGGUGACACAGACGGACGAGGCAGACUACAACUGCAUCGUGAAGCUUUCCCCCGGGAAAGACCCUAUGAGCACUACCCAGCCACCUAGUCGGAUAUCUCUGCCCAUCCCACUAAAGAUCGGAGGCAGCGAGCCUGCCAUGUGGGGUCCGGAGAUAGCUGACGGGUUUAUAGCAUCCUUUCCUAACAAACCGCUGGUAGGGGACGCGGUCAAACUCGAGUGUCUCGCUUACGGCACACUUCCGCUUAUAUACUCGUGGUCUCGGAAGGACAAAUCGCUGCCGGAAGGAGCGAUACAGACGGACCACAACCGCGUGUUGACGCUACCGGAUGUGAGCCUCGAUGACGCCGGAACGUACCACUGCACCGUCUCCCGCACGACAGGAAACACAGCCGUCGCCGUUCAUCAUCUCGUCAUAGAAACCCGUCCAUACUUCAUCUCCCCGCUCCCCAACACGCAUGCGGAUGUGGGGAGCCGGCUCACGUGGCGGUGCGAGGCGAAGGCGAUCCCGCGGGCCGUUUACAUGUGGUACAAGGACGGACAUCCACUGUUUCCGGUACCCGGGGACCUCCACGUCUCAACUAAUGUACUCACAAUCAUGAGCGUAGACGCGGCGCGGCACGGCGGGAUGUAUCAGUGUGUGGCACUCAACACUCACGGUGUCUCGUACAGCGGCGCCCAACUCAGGGUCCUCGCAUUCAAGCCUACAUUCGCGAAGGAUCCUCUACAGGAAAGUAUAAGCGCGGCAAUCGGGAGUCAGGUGCGGUUAGACUGCUCCCCGGAGGCGGCCCCUAAACCGGAGUUCUCAUGGUCAAGAAACGGUGUGGACCUGAACGCUGUACCGGACGACGGCAGCUCUCGGUUGCGACUGAUGGCGGACGGCGACCUUCUGUUGGCAGAAGUGGUCGCGGCGGACGCUGGCCAGUACUGCUGCACCGCUGCCAACAGCCUAGGCACCGACAAUAGCUGCGGAACUCUCACAGUUGUUCAGAACACAGUGCUGACGACGAAACCUACCAAUACGUUUGGGCGCGUGAACGCAACUUCCGUUCUGAUGUGUUCCGCCUCGUUCCCCGGAGGUGCCGACAGCAUUUACAUGUGGAGCUUCAAUGAUCGCCUUAUCGAUACUAAGCGCCAGAAACAGUACACAAUUGGUACUCCACAGUCUCCCGGUACUCUGUACAUCACAAACGCCCAGUACCACUAUGCGGGAACCUACACGUGCUCGGCAUGGACCCCGCAUGGCGCAGUGAACGCUUCCGCCGUGUAUAUCGUGGAGGGACCCCCGGGACCUCCGGCGGGUGUGUUUGUGGCCGAUGGGGGCGUUUCCAACAGCACAGUGACGUUGGUGUGGACGGAGGGCGCUAAGCACGGACCGGAUGUCGACAUUCACCACAUAGAGGCCUGUACGGAGCACAACCACACAUGGGUCGUCAUUGCCGCAGGCAUACCAGCAGCAGGGACGAUAUGGGAGGGUGGGGACCGGCGUCACCUGUACCACGUGACCAACCUGAAACCCGGAAACGGCUACUACUUCCGGGUGAGAGGAGCAAACGGGCUGGGGGUUGGCCAGCCGAGCCUUAGUUCAACGAUGUAUCGGAUCCCCGGGGCUCCACCUAUCAUCUACCCACGUGAGGUCGGCGGCGGUGGGGGUGUAGUUGGUCUACUUACCAUAACAUGGCAGCCCCUACCCCCGGAGGACCAGGGCUCGGGUGGAGUCGGGUACCGAGUGUUCUGGCGCCUCGCUAACACCACAAGAUACAGCGAGGUUAACUUGACGGAGAACAUUGGUCAGUACGUGGUGACGGUGGGCUUGGACAACUUCUGGCUGCUAUAUGAGGUCAAGGUCGCGGCUUUCAACAACCUCGGACAGGGACCCAUCUCGCCUGACAGGGUGUUCAUCUACUCCGCGGAGGACAUCCCGAAGGGCGCGGUUACGAACGUGUACGCGUGGCCGUACAACUCGACCGCCAUCCAGGUCACGUGGGACAUCGUGCCUAACAUCAGGCAAUUCAUGGGAGGGACACUUCUAGGGUACCAAGUAAACUACAAGUUCCGUGAUGACCCUGACGCUGGUUGGGAUGCCAUAAGCUGGCGCGGUGAGACGUCAUACGGCAUUGUGAUUGGUCUAGACGUGUACACGUGGUACUCGGUGGAUAUGCAGGUGCUCAACACUGCCGCCAUGGGACCGCGCUCUGAGAUCUACCACGCGCGGACAUUUAAAGACGCCCCGAAGCUGUAUCCCCAGGAGGUAUGGGUGUAUUCGCACAGCGGAAGUAGUGUGCGCUUAAAGUGGAGGGGCGUCAACACGCAGACGGGCGAGGAGAACAUCGAGGGAUAUGUGGUGCGUUAUUGGCAGACGACAGACGACAUCCGAUCAGCGACGGACGUACGAACAGAGCGGGUGGAAACGGAAGUGGUGAUCUACGGAAUCCAGAAGGACACGGUGUACGAGUGCAGGGUGUUUGCCUUCAGCCGCGGUGGGGACGGACAGCACAGCGAGACACGAUACUUCACUCUCGGUGGCCUUAUACCGUUCGACCCUUCCAUAACAGAUGUAAUGGCGGCGGCGUCGGCGGUGGUUCCAAACCUGACUUUGUGUUUACUGGCCUGUCUCCUCUUUCAUUUCUAUAGACAUUUUAAUUGAUAGAUGUUGUUACAUAAAUUAUGUGUUAUGUCGAUCCGUUCAUGCAUCUUGAUAAAAGCAUAAUGUUCAUUCACAAUCGCCGCUAAUUGUACAUAUUAGUCAUAAAUUACAUCAUUUUUAAAACAAACCGUAUAUUAAGUUAUAAAAUACUGCUUUUGCCUUUGAUCCAUUCAUCUUUAUGCAUGCCAUUACGUUUAUAAACAUUAGCCGUUAAUCGGACAUACUUUUAAAACGUUAUUUUAUAACAAAUGUGUGUGUUUCCUUUGCACAUGAAAGAUUGUUUAAUAUGCAUUUGAAGUUUUAUGUAUGCAAUAAAGUUCUAAACAAUGUAUAUUUAUAUUACCUUCGUCAAGUUUCGUCAUCAGGCAGCAUUGCAUGUAUAACUGAAUCGAAUCGAUUUUUCUAACCGGUCAUAUUUCAUAUCCGAACAGUACUAAUCUGAACGUAAAACAAUCAGCGGCCAGACAUAAAUGCAUUUUCUGACAUCAAAACAAAGGGAUGUUUUAGGACGAUGAAAGUAGUGGUAGUAUGCGGGUGCAAAGAUUUCUGCGAGGGGUAAGGGAGGCUUAUGUGGGGGUGACGUAUUAAACACAUUGAAUUAUGAAAAAAAUAGAUGAUAAUUGAUGUUAUUGCUUAAAUGUGUCUAAUGCAUAUGGGGUAUUAUGAGAUGACGUAUUUCUGGUGACCUGUAUCACGUCAAGUUCUGUGUGUGAUCACGUUUCGAGACCGCAGGUGUCCAAAUACGGAAUGGCUUGCGCGUAAGAAUAUGUUACUUACUUUUGUGUAUUUAAGUAAAGGGACUUAACACACUUUAACCAGCCCAACUGCGUUCAUACCCCUAUAAUGACAUCAAUCCCGCAAUUUAUUCCUUAAAUGAAUUGCAAUUAACAUUUUGAAGGAAAACAAAGCAAGUUGCAUUGGCAAGAUUUUAAAUUAUCAUAUUAGAAUAAUUACCAUAUUAUGAAAAACAUAAAAAAAUAACAUUGUUUUCGAAAUUUGCUUAGUAUCAGAAAUUUGGACACCUGAAAUUGUAAAUCAAACAAUAAUUACAAAAAUUAAAGCGAUGAAUCAAAACCUGACCUACAAAAUACUCUCGAUGUCUACUCUAUAAAUUCCUGCACUGACUGGAAACUAAUAUUUUUGUAAGGCCAACAACCAAAUCUUUUCUACAAAAAGCAAUCAACCGCUUGAUAUAUUGAAGGAAUGUUAAGGUGUGCUGUUUAGUAGAACGGGUCCUACUAUUUUAAAUGUUUUGUUUUUUAUUUAUUGUUUUUCGUAUCUUCAUUUAAAAUUGAUAAGAAUAUACCACCAUUCAUAAACACACGAAGCUUUAUUUCAUAAUAUGAAUGUUUCAGUUAUUUCUAAUGCUGUAAUUUUAUAUAAAUCUACAAAGGUAUAUCCUUUUAUAUAUAUAUGUAUAUACACUCGCGUAAUUGUAUGACAUUUACAACACAAAAGCAUUUACAAGUUUUGUUCAGUUGAAGUUUAUAUAAAAAUGAUUAUUCAAAUUAUAAAAUAUUCAUAUCGAAAUAACGCAGCAGCCCUGUACAUUUUUUGGUCGAAAUAAAAAAUAAACAUCCUA